AUGUCCAUCCCCAGCGGGUUCUCCUGCGCCCAUACAUUUCUGGUGGACUCUAUUAUUGGUGCAUGCAGGACGGACAGUUUCUACCCCAGCAGCAACAUGUACAUGCCAGCUGCUUCAGAGAUGGGAACUUACGGAAUGCAAACCUGUGGACUCCUGCCGUCUUUUGGCAAGAGAGUGGAGGUUGGUCAUCAAAACGUCGGCAUGAAUGUGCAUUCGGGUCACCCCAAAUCGCACCCUCCUCUCCUCCUCUUUAUUGUCAACACCAACUUCAACAGAAGCAGAAAAAAAAUCGAAGACACAUUGCAAAACAAAAUCUUCAAGGACCUCCAUGCCCGCAAGAGCCCGGAGCCCCAAGCUGGCUUCGAGAAAGCACACUCCAUGGACGCACCAGUGUCCAGCCCAGAACUGGCUCACAAGGAGGCAAAAGCGCCGCCUAAGAUCAGCCCGCACGUCAACUUGAGCGACAGACAGGUCAAGAUCUGGUUCCAAAACCGCAGGAUGAAACUCAAGAAAAUGAACAGGGAAAACCGUAUUCGAGAGCUGACCUCAAACCUCACCUUUUCGUGA